GUUAACCUCAGUCAGUUUUUCGAGGGGUACUAGACCUCAGUUAUUCUUCUGGUGAUUUGCCCACACAGACAUAGAUACAGACACUGGAACCUCAGGCUGUGCUUUCUCUCAACCUCUCACCUAGCUGGGUAUCCUGUACUGCAGCCCUACUCUACUCACCUUUGACAUCCACUCCUCACAAGGACCUCAGGUAGGUGCAGCUUUGCUGUCACAUUACAGUGCCACUGUACACUCUUAGAAAAAAGGGUUCUAAAAGGGUUCUUCGGCUGUCCCCGUAGGAGAACCCUUUUUGAUUCCAUGUAGAACCCUUUUGGGUUCCAGAUAUAACCCUUUUGGGUUCCAUGUAGAACCCUCUGUAGAAAGGGGUUAUUCAAAGGGUUCUCCUCUGGGGACAGCCGAAGAACCCUUAAAGGUUCUAGAUAGCACCUUUUUCUAAGAGUGUACACACUAUCAGCCUGAAUGAUAGUGGAUGAUCACACGUGUAAUGGUGUGAACCUGAAACCUGUGGAAGUUAGCCUUCUGCAUUACUCCAGACCGUUAGUUGUUUGAUUGGCUGCAACAAUAUGUGAGAUAGUAGUGCUGAGUGGCAAUGACCUCUUUAGAUAAUUUUAUAUUUUGGUAACUCUACAACUGUAAUCCUACAGUUACAGUCAAUGAGGAGAUGGUUGAAUUAUUUCUACACAGACAAGUGUACACUUAUCAACAUGUGUUGUGGAGUAAUGGUGUAUGGAUGUUCAUGCAUGUGUCUUUAUUGCUAAUACCUAUAGUACUUUUCUUCAUCGUGAAUAGUACUUUGAGUUGGAUGUGAAUUUAUCAAGCUUUUUCAUUUAAUUUAUUUACUUUUUAAUUUGAACAAUUUUACUUUACAACCUUGACAUCUAUUUAUUUUUGCCAUAAUGGCUGGUAUACAAUGAGAGUAAAUUCCAUUGCAAAAUGUCACUAUUUUCCUAAUGUGAUUAUUAGAGGAAAUUGUUUUGUUGUUGUUGUUGCAGUGAUAGCAUUGAUUUAUUCUGCACUAUUUUGUUAUUAAGAGAAGUUAGAUGACAGUGGUUUUAUAUGGUCCGCUGGCUGUUCGUCAGCAGUAAUUGUGUGACAAUAGAUUUCUAUUAAUCAGAUGAGAUUAGGGUUGGUGUUCCGUCGUAUCACUGGUGCUGAGUAUAUUUAGUUUGACAAUAAUGUGCUCUAUCUGAUUUUCUCAGACUCUAUCAGACCCUAUCAGGCUCCUCUUUCCUCUUAUCACAAGUUAAUAAAGAUAUGGUACAACAUUGUCUCUACUACAAACAACAUGCACUGUGUGUUACAGAGCAGACACUACUUCUGUUAUUUUCAGAGCUGUAUCAUUUGUUUUGGUUAGAAACACUCUCAGUUACAUUAUAUCAUCAAUUACCCACUACAGUGAAUGUGAUAAUGUUGUAUACAGAAGAUAGCCCUAUUUGGUAAAAGACCAAGUCCAUAUUACGGCAAGAACAGCUUAAAUAAGCAAAGAGAGACGACAGUCCAUCAUUACUUUAAGACAUGAAGGACAGUCAAUACGGAACAUUUCAAGAACUUUUAAAGUUUCUUCAAGUGCAGUCGCAAAAACCAUCAAGCGCUAUGAUGAAACUGGCUGUCAUGAGGACCGCCACAGGAAUGGAAGACCCAGAGUUACCUCUGCUACAGAGGAUAAGUUCAUUAGAGUUAACAGCCUCAGAAAUUGCAGCCCAAAUAAAUGCUUCACAGAGUUCAAGUAACAGACACAUCUCAACAUCAACUGUUCAGAGGAGACUGUGUGAAUCAGGCCUUCAUGGUCGAAUUGCUGCAAAGAAACCACUACUAAAGGACACCAAUAAUAAGAAGAGACUUGCUUAGGCUAAGAAACACGAGCAAUGGACAUUAGACCAGUGGAAAUGUGUCCUUUGGUCUGGAGUCCAAAUUUGAGAUUUUUGGUUCCAACCGCCGUGUCUUUGUGAGACCCAAUGUGGGUGAACGGAUGAUCUCCGCAUGUGCAUUUCCCACCGUAAAGCAUGGAGGAGGAGGUGUUAUGGUGUGGGGGUGCUUUGCUGAUGACACUGUCUGUGAUUUAUUUAGAAUUCAAGGCACACUUAACCAGCAUGGCUACCACAGCAUUCUGCAGCGAAACGCCAUCCCAUCUGGUUUGGGCUUAGUGGUACUAUUAUUUGUUUUUCAACAGGACAAUGACCCAACACACCUCCAGGCUGUGUAAGGGCUAUUUGACCAAGAAGGUGAGUGAUGGAGUGCUGCAUCAGAUGACCUGGCCUCCACAAUCCCCCGACCUCAACCAAAUUGAGAUGGUUUGGGAUGAGUCGGACCGCAGAGUGAAGGAAAAGCAGCCAAUAAGUGCUCAGCAUAUGUGGGAACUCCUUCAAGACUGUUGGAAAAGCAUUCCAGGUGAAGCUGGUUGAGAGAAUGCCAAGAGGGUGCAAAGCUGUCAUCAAGGCAAAGGGUGGCUAUUUGAAGAAUCUCAAAUAUAAAACAUAUUUUGAUAUGUUUAACACUUUUUGGGUUACUACAUGAUUCCAUAUUUGUUAUUUCAUAGUUUUGAUGUCUUCACUAUUAUUCUACAAUGUAGAAAAUAGUAAAAAUAAAGAAAAACCCUUGAAUGAGUAGGUGUUCUAAAACCUUUGACCGGUAGUGUAUAUCAAAUUAUCUAGAUGCUGAACAUCUAGAUUAUUUCCAUCUAAUGAACCUUUUUUUCAAUUUCCUUUUUACAUUUGGAUUUCCUUUCCUUAGAACUCACAUUCUGUUUUGACAAAACUUAUAAUAGGAAUUUCUAUAAAGGUCAUUGGUUGUAAGCAAACGUUUGUUCACUGUUUGUAGUUACAGAUAGGCCUAUUUAUUUUUAGGGUCUACUUUCAGCCACAGUCAAAUGAGGAUCCUUGAAAGGGAAGUUUGAAAACCUGCUGCUGUCAAGUGACCUUCAUGUCUUGAAGUUACGUGUGUUUCUUUAAAAUGUCAGCCUCACAAACAACAGUAUUUGUAAACACUUGACUGUAAAUCACAUCAGCCUACUGAGAUGCUGGUACUGUCUGGUUGUUGCUAUAGGUCCUAAUCAGGUUCCAACUAGGAUCUAUUCACUGUGACUGCCUAGGUUUCUCCAAAUCCUUUCUGUUGUUUCAGAGUCAGUGGUUAUCUCUGUAAGCAUGGAGGAUUCCUCUGAACAGUCUCACUGGGUGUCUCCGGCUCUGCUCAGCUCUGAUCCCCUGGCCAGCUUCUCCUCAGAGCCUGGCUUACUACCUCCAGGAGAGGAGGGAGAGCCCUUCUUAUCCAACCCUGAGACUGACUUCACCAGCCUGCCCUCCUACUUCUCCAAUCCCAGCCACAGCAGGGCUCCAACAGCCUACAGACAGAGCUCAGGUCAGAAGCGAGGAACAUAACAUAACUUUAAAAAAUGUAUGUUGACCUUUCAUAGUGUAAAUUCAUAUUGAAUAUAAAAUAAUGCACAGUUUCUGUAAUCAGGGACUCCCCUGACAACUGUGGCCUUCUAUUGUAUUUCUCUCAUACAGUUCGCCAGGUGUACUCCUCGCCCUCUCUCCUGAGCAACCUCCAAUGGCUGGACGGGCCUGGCAGCCACUCUCUGAGCUCUCCAUACAACCCAUCAUCCUCUACCUGGACCAGCAACCCUUUCACUAAGACUCCUCUGCACCCAUACACCCCAACCUCCCUUUAUGCCUCCAGCGCCACAUCCACGUUCACCUCCAGAGAUGGGUACUCCUCUCUAGGUAGGGAUGGCAACGAGAGUCCCAGACUUCAGGAGGCCCUGAAGGCCGAGCGCUUGAGUCCUUUGGGUGGAGGUGGUGGAAGCAGUUUUCUGAAUCUGACUUCAGCUGCUGGGAGUGUGUGCACACCAUCUCCCCACUCCCACUUGCACAUGCUGGGCCCCUACAGCUCGUACAUGACCUCUCCACAGGACUACAGCACGGCAGGCCUCUACUCCUCCCCAGGGGCAUGGAUGAGCCCCUCCUCCUACUCCCCCAAACUACGUAAUAAGAUGAGGCUGCCCCCACCAGGUGAGUGAGCAUCAUGCAUCAUAUCCAUGCUAUCCCAUCUAAGUAAUUUUACUCUGUCCUCUGAACGUCCUGUGGGAUUCCAGAUAAUUAUUUGGGAGCAUAUGAACAGGAGACUGAUGUAGUGUGUCUGUGAUUUGUGGCAGAGGCCAGAGAGUGUGUCAACUGUGGGGCCACUGCCACCCCUCUAUGGCGUCGAGAUGGAACAGGACACUACCUCUGUAACGCCUGUGGGCUUUACCACAAGAUGAAUGGCCAAAACCGUCCCCUGAUCCGGCCAAAGAAAAGACUGGUGUGAUACGGCAUAAGGAUUGGAUAAGAUAUGAUAAUAAUAAUUUGUAAAUUCCAUGGUGUGGACAUGCCAAUCUAUUGAUCGAAAAACACAAUGAAUCCAAAUAAACAUUGGAGCUUAUCUUUAAUCCACAGAAUUGACUUAUCUUUCUCUCUCUCUGUUUCAGAUUGUCAGCAAGCGGGCCGGGACACAAUGUGCCAACUGUCACACCAGCACCACCACACUGUGGAGACGGAACGCCAGGGGUGAGCCCGUGUGCAACGCCUGUGGACUCUACUUCAAGCUGCACAACGUGAGUCAAUGAACAAGAUACAGUGACUGUUCUGGAUUAGCUAGAGAACUACUAUUACCAGCUUGUAGCUAGCACCGCCUCAGUGGUUGAAAAGGCAAAACCCCACACAACCCCAAGCUACUGAUUCUGAACCCAAGUCAUUGAACUUAAACUCUAACCUCAAUAGAGAAUCCAAGGGGUACAGAGUUUUUUUUUUUAAAAUCUACCUCCUUUAGUAUAGUAGUAUCAGGGUAAUACCGGAGAAAGAGAAUGUACUAACUUAAGUAUGUGAAUUUAAGGCACACUUGUCUGUUGACAGGUCAACAGACCCCUUACUAUGAAGAAAGACGGUAUCCAAACGCGAAACCGUAAAGUGUCCAACAAGAACAAGAAGGGCAAGAAGAGCGCCAUGUUAGAGCAUUACCCUGACCUUUCAAAUGGUCCCCCCCUCAAUGACCACGGGGGCGCCUACUCCCUGGGUCCAGGGUCAAUGCUCUCCUAUAGCCACACCCCUCACUUCCUCCCCCCACCCUCCGGCCUGCACCCGUCUGCCAACCUGUCCUACACCAAUCACCCAAACACUGGCAUGGUGCCCACACUGGUGUGAAACAGACCUGGGCAUAUGCAGACCCAUAAAGGCAACAUACAGCAUAUACAGUGCAGACACACACUAGCCUACUGAGGAGUAGCUUCUUUGUAGCAAUGGAUGCCUUGUACAUAAAUGCAUUUAUACUUUUUUCCUUCCAAUUUUGUGUGUGAAGUUAUCUUGUCUAAACACUGGACAUAAUACUGCGCAUUUUUACAAGAUCAAAAAAGAAAAACUUUUAUGGAAGAAUUUGACUUUAUUUUGUUAAAGGCAUAUACUAUUUUUAUGAAAAGUAAAACUUUAAAAGUAAAGUUUAAACUUCCCACUGUAAUCAUUGAUACGGGUAAUGCUGGUAUGAACUUGUAGCUGUAUUUUGUAAAUACGUACCGAAUUUACUUAAAUUGCCAUAUCCCUUUUCAAAUAUUUAUGAUUUUAGUAGAAGGUGAAAGGGCAUUAAAAUGUGAAAUUGUUUUUUAUUUGCUACAUUUCUAUAUUUUGUAAUUUCUUACAAGCUCCACAUAAACAAUAAAACAUGAAUGGU